AUGCCCCGCCACAGUGAUGUGGAUGUCGCGGCGGCGUUUGUGGAAUUUCGAAAUGGCAAGUAUUCCAUAACGCAGUAUUUUUUCAACGAGCAGCGCUGCGUUUCGGUCCAGUGUCUGUUCUGCAACCAGAUCCGGGCUAAGAACACUACUCGCCAGAAGCAGCAUCUGUUGACCUGCGCUCCCUACCUCCAAGCACAUCCCGACGUCGCCCUUCAAGCCUCUGCGGCCGCAGCCCAGGCCACCGCCGCUCCUCCUCCCUCGGCCCCGCCUGCUCCUCAACUACCGCCGCCGCAGCCGCAGCAACCGCAGCAACCACACCAACCACACCAACCACAGCAAUCACAGCAACAACAACAACAGCCUGUUGCCACCCACGAUGCGCAGCAUACCCCACAGCACGCCGCCCAUGUCCCUUCUCUGCCCCCACCGCCGGCUAACUAUGGCCACGACGAUGCUGGUGCUUCUGGUGCAGCCGCCGCUGCAGCCGAUCAUACCAACAUGAGCUUCAUGCCCAACGCACGAGUCAACGGCUCGCCCAGCCAUCCCAGGCCGUCUCUCGGCGGCGAGGGAACACCGGCCAAGAAGCAAAAGAUCAAGGCUCCCGGCAAUUCCAACCUGCCCGAAAUCCCGCUCCACGACGUCCAUGCCGCGUUCGUUGAGAUGCCUGCGCAAGGUGAUCAAAAGUGCGCCCAGGUGCGCUGCAUCUACUGCAACCAGAUACGGGCUAAGAACACGUCUCGUCAGAGGGAACACCUGAUGGCGUGCGCCGGGUACCAACCUGUGCUCAAGGACAAGAUCCCGGCCAACAACCUCCGCCAUCAGUUUGACGAGGCCGACAUCGCGAGCUCGCUGGUGUUGCCGGUCCCGACGAUCGAUGUUGACUUCCGCAUGAGCAUCCGCGUCAAGCCCAAGCUGAGCAUUGGACCUAACGCGUCGGUCCGUCAAAGCUGGGUUUCGUGUGUAGGCGGGCAGUGGGCGGGUAACUGGGGCAAGGGCAUUUUCCUGCCAGGUGGCCAAGAUAUCCAGCUUGCCCCCAAGGACUCGGCCACGCGCAUCGACUCGACCUACCUCAUGCAGACCAGCGACGAUCAGCCGGCGCUUAUUGUGUGCAAGAUGAGCGGCUGGUUGACUGGCGAGCGUGACGUCAUGGAACGCCUGCAGGAUCCCGUGGCCGCCGACAAUGUUGCGGCCGGUCGCUACCGCCUGCGCGUCACGAUGCAGCUCGAGACGGGCGACGAACGUUACCAAGACCUCAACACUGCCAUGUGGUUGUGUAGCGGAUGCCGCCGUGGCGCAGAGAUCGUUUAUGACGCGUAUCGCGUGAACUGA